AUGUUUUUCCUUUACAAGAUUUUAGAUUUUAGCUGCAGCUUUGUUAACAAUGCAGUGACCACAGACCGCCGCAAUGAAUUGCUUAAAGGUUGUUCUGUUGGAUUGGUGGGACAAAUGCCUGCUAUUUUAGUUAAGAGUGUCCAAGGUUGUGGAGAGGCUUCAUGUGAUUCCCUCUUCUCAGCACCAAUUCAAGGAUACAUGUUAGGAGUUUUAUCUGCUUGUCUUUCCGCAUUGGCUGGCGUGUAUACGGAGUUCUUGAUGAAGCAAAACAAUGAUAGCUUAUACUGGCAGAAUGUACAGUUGUACACGUUUGGUGCAAUCUUGAACAUGGCACGGCUUGUAGUUGAUGAUUUUAGAGCUGGAUAUGAGAAAGGACCUUGGUGGCAACGGCUGUUUAAUGGAUACAGCGUCACCACUUGGAUGGUUGUGUUAAAUCUAGGUUCUACUGGGCUUUUGGUUUCAUGGUUAAUGAAAUAUGCUGACAAUAUAGUCAAGGUAUAUUCCACAUCGAUGGCCAUGCUAUUGACAAUGGUUCUCUCUGUGUUCCUCUUCAGUUUCAAGCCAACACUUCAGUUCUUGAAACAUACAGAAACUUUUUGGGGCUCCUCUGACGGUUAUGCUGCUAGUUUUGUUUGGCAAUUGUUGAACAUUGGAUUGCUUAUUUUGCUCUUCUUGGCAUUUUUUCAGCUUUUCUUGGGAAUCAUUAUUUGCAUGAUGUCUCUACAUAUGUAUUUUGCUCCUCCAAGUAUGCUUGUAGGCCUGCCUCCAACAGUUAGAUCAGAUCCAGAUAGCCUUGUCAUUGUUUCAGAUGACCAUAAAGCAGAGUCAUGA